AUGGCACCAAAAAAUAACAACAGAGGGGAGAAUCCCCCAGCCUACGGAGAGCCUCCUCAAGUUCCCGAGGCCGCGUACGGAGGUUAUGCGGGCUACCAACAACAGGGCCAGCCCAGCAACUAUCAACAAGGCUUCCAGAGUCCGCAGGGCCAACAGCAAGCCUAUUACCAGCCGGGACCACAGAUGGGAUACUAUAACCAACAGCAAGGCUACUACCAAGGCCAGUAUCCCGGCGGCUACAACCAGUGGCCUCAAGGCCAAUACGCGCAGGGUCAAUAUGCUCAAGGCCAAUACGGCCAGUAUCCUCCUCAGGGGUAUUAUGGGGACAGGCGUCCCGGUGGAACGACGAGCGGUCUCCUCGGUGGCCUGGCUCUCGGGAUAGGCAUGCCCAUCACACGGGUGAUCCUAUCUGAGUCCGAUAUCGAAAGGAGCAUUCGUUACGGAACAUGA